AUGCUUCUCUGUGUGGACGUGGAGGUGGAGGUGGAGGUUGGGGUGGGGGGAAGGGGAGACGGGGAGGUGGAGGGGACGCGGGUGGGGGGAAGGGAAGACGCGCGGGGUGGGGGUGGGGGGUGGGGGGAAGGGGAGGCGGGGAGGGGAGGGGACGUCGGGGGGGUGGGAGUGGGGGAAAGGGGAGGCGGGAAGGGGGAGGGGGAUGGCGACGGCGUUGGUGGUGGUGUUAGUGGUGGUGUUGGUGGUGCUGUUGAUGGUGUUGGUGGUGGUGGUGGUGGAGGAGGUAAUUAUAUUGGUAGUGGUGAGGGUAUUUUUGUCUAA